GAAGUUACGUAGGAGUGUCAACAUGCAAGAUGGCGGCUCAUCACCGGCAGAACACGGCCGGGCGGAGGAAAGUGCAGGUUUCCUAUGUUAUUCGGGAUGAAGUAGAGAAGUACAAUCGGAAUGGAGUCAAUGCCCUACAGUUGGAUCCAGCGCUAAAUAGACUUUUCACAGCUGGGCGAGACUCUAUCAUAAGAAUAUGGAGUGUCAAUCAGCACAAGCAAGAUCCAUAUAUAGCAUCUAUGGAACACCAUACUGAUUGGGUAAACGACAUUGUACUCUGUUGUAAUGGGAAAACAUUAAUAUCUGCGUCUUCUGACACGACAGUAAAAGUAUGGAACGCACAUAAGGGAUUUUGCAUGUCAACAUUAAGAACGCAUAAGGAUUAUGUAAAGGCAUUAGCAUAUGCCAAGGAUAAGGAACUGGUAGCAUCAGCUGGGUUGGACAGACAAAUAUUCCUUUGGGAUGUGAAUACUCUAACAGCAUUGACUGCCUCAAAUAACACUGUCACAAGUUUGCAUCGAGACAGUGGUUCAUAUUUUGAGAGUGCUUCUACCUACAGCGUUCUAGCCCCCAAGAGUAUGAUUGAGCAACAAGGAGAUAGUUCCUCACUGCAGUCUAAACAUGCUUCUUCUUUAAGUGGGAACAAAGAUUCCAUUUAUAGCCUUGCCAUGAAUCAACUGGGAACAAUCAUUGUAUCGGGGUCCACAGAGAAGGUUUUAAGGGUAUGGGAUCCAAGAACAUGUGCAAAACUAAUGAAGCUUAAAGGGCACACAGAUAAUGUAAAAGCAUUGCUGUUGAACAGAGAUGGCACACAGUGCCUCUCUGGUAGUUCUGAUGGAACAAUUCGUCUUUGGUCUCUUGGCCAACAGAGAUGUAUAGCAACAUACCGAGUCCAUGAUGAAGGUGUUUGGGCUCUGCAGGUCAAUGAUGCCUUCACACAUGUAUAUUCUGGAGGAAGGGACAGGAAGAUUUAUUGUACUGACUUAAGAAACCCUGAUAUUCGAGUGCUAAUUUGUGAAGAAAAAGCACCAGUACUCAAGAUGGAGCUUGAUAGAUCAGCUGAUCCCCCUCCUGCAAUCUGGGUUGCAACAACUAAGUCUACAGUAAAUAAAUGGACAUUGAAGGGAAUUCAUAAUUUUAGAGCCUCGGGAGAUUAUGACAACGACUGUACAAAUCCUAUAACUCCCCUUUGUACACAGCCUGACCAGGUUAUUAAAGGGGGUGCAAGUAUUAUUCAGUGCCACAUUCUUAAUGAUAAGAGACAUAUAUUAACCAAAGAUACCAAUAAUAAUGUGGCAUAUUGGGAUGUAUUGAAGAUAUUACCAAAUGUUUGGAGAGAUGUUUGGAGAGAAGGAGGAAGAAGGAUACAAAAUAACCUCAGGUUAACACCCACUGGGGUGCACAAAGCAUGCAAAGUUGAAGAUCUGGGAAAAGUGGAUUUUGAAGAUGAAAUUAAGAAAAGAUUUAAAAUGGUAUAUGUGCCAAAUUGGUUCUCUGUAGACUUAAAAACAGGGAUGCUGACUAUUACUUUGGAUGAGAGUGACUGUUUUGCUGCUUGGGUUUCUGCAAAAGAUGCUGGUUUCAGCAGCCCUGAUGGGUCAGAUCCAAAAUUGAACUUGGGAGGACUUUUACUCCAGGCACUCCUAGAAUAUUGGCCUAGAACACAUGUGAAUCCAAUGGAUGAAGAAGAAAAUGAAGUAAACCAUGUAAAUGGGGAGCAGGAGAACCGAGUGCAGAAGGGAAAUGGAUAUUUUCAAGUACCACCACACACACCUGUGAUCUUUGGUGAAGCUGGAGGCCGCACGUUGUUCAGGCUGCUCUGCCGAGAUUCCGGGGGUGAGACUGAGUCGAUGCUUCUCAAUGAGACAGUGCCACAAUGGGUAAUUGACAUCACUGUGGAUAAAAAUAUGCCCAAAUUCAACAAAAUUCCUUUCUACCUCCAACCUCAUGCAUCUUCAGGAGCAAAAACCUUAAAAAAAGAUAGAUUGUCUGCUAGUGACAUGCUCCAAGUCCGGAAAGUAAUGGAACAUGUUUAUGAGAAAAUCAUCAACCUGGAUAAUGAGUCUCAAACCACUAGUUCUUCUAAUAAUGAAAAACCAGGAGAACAGGAAAAAGAAGAGGAUAUUGCUGUGUUGGCAGAGGAGAAAAUUGAACUUUUAUGCCAGGACCAGGUUUUGGAUCCAAAUAUGGACCUUCGAACAGUGAAACACUUCAUAUGGAAAAGUGGUGGUGAUCUCACCCUCCAUUACCGUCAGAAGUCCACGUGAAGGGUGGGCCUAUGCUCCUGGGUAUUCAUUUACUACCUUCCUCUAUGGCCCCAAGAGUAGUCCUAGGAAGCCCACUGAUCCCCAAUGGGAGCAAGACUUCUAAUGGCCAAUUUGGUAUGGACCGAGAUUAUCUUUCAAUUGAAGUGACUAAUUGAGAUGUAAUAUAGAAACCAGUCUCUACGUGUAGAUUAAGCUGCCCCCAGGGAAGCAGAGUGCGAGAGCAGAAGAGCCCCAGGCAGACUCUGUCCUGAGAACUAAUGACAGGCCAGUGCAGACUUUGCUUCCUCUUUUUCUUUCAAGGGACCUUAUCUUUGUCUGUUAGCACUUGUUAUAGAACAUCCGUAGGGCCACAUCUGUCACUGUGUUUCAAUUUCAAACCCACAAGCUCUGUAGCUUUUCUAAGAGUACAUUCCAUUCAUGCAGUACCUAUGAAGGCUUUUUCCAAGUUUGUCAUAGAAAGAAAAUCUAAUUGUUUUCACCGUUUGAAAGUUAUUUUUAAUGGGAAUUUGCUGUUGCACAAUUCGAGAGCCAGCCCACUUCAUAAUAAAUAACUGAUGUUGGGCUCAUUUUUAAUAUUGCAUCUCAGAUGUGUUCUUGUAGUAGAGCUAUUGAAGUUCCAGGUGCUGGAAUUAACGCAGCCUCUGGGAGGCGCGACUGUUCGCACCUUCCUCCAGUGUGCAGCUUUAUUCAUGGGCAAAGCAACUGAGACCACAGCUUCCUGCUCUGGGUGAACAGCUUGACACCAUCAAAACAAGACCAUGAUGAAAUUUUAAUUUCAUUCAGAUGCUACCUAAAAUUUAUGUCACAGUAAAGGGAUAUCAUAGUUAGUUUGAUAUUCAUAUCUGGAAAGUAUACAUAUUUGUUUUUCCAAAGUUUUAUAUGCAGGUUUUGUUGUUGUACCUGUAUCCAGAUCUUCUUUUCACUGUUCUUUCUAACAAUCUAAAGCUUUCAUAGAAUCAUUUGGAUCUUGUACAGAAUAUAACUUAUUGGGGAUAAACACUUCAACUUUUGGCAGAAAAUACUUUGGAUUCUUCCCAAGGUCAUUUGUAUUCAGCAUAGAUCAAUGGUCCACUCCCAUAAAACUACGUAAGACUAGCCUCCUUGUAUGAAGCCAGAAGCACAAGUGCCUUCAGAGGGCAGUUUAUUCCAGUCCAGUUGCCUCCCCAGCUUGUGUGUGGCCUGUCCCCACAGUAGCAGGGACUGGGGAGGAGGCUGAGGAAGGUUUUUCUUUUCUACAUCUUCACAGGUUCAGUUAGGGGCAGAUUAUGGACCCAGGUCCAUACCUUACAAUUUGAGAUAUUCUGAUCCGCACAACUGCAGAGACAGGGUUCCCUCACUGCUGGUCAGCUAACUCUGGAAAGUGUACCUCUUGCACCUUGAAGAAGUGAGCAGAGACACAGCCACAUUUCCAAGGAGCUGAGGUGGUCUUUAUCCUUUCCUCAGAGCAACCAGAUUCUUUUUUUUAAAAUCCUUUCUAUCUGUUGGAUACAAUAGUGCGCUUUUGGUGCACAUUUUUUAGCAAUAGUUGUGAACUAAUGGCAAAAAAAAAAAAAAA